AUGAAGGAUAACCGCGUCGUGUCUCACCGCGAUGUGCUCAACGCGGUCGCCUGCUUUCCCCGGCUGACCCAUCUGCAUCUCUCGGAUUUCAGCGUUGAGACGUCGGAUGACGCGUUUCUAGCUGAUCUCGCCCUUUCGUGCCCUGGGUUGAGAGCGCUGCACGUGGGGUGGGAGUACGAGGGACAGCAUGGAAGGAAUGGCCGCGUGAUAACAGAAUCAGGAUUGGACUUUUUCUUCCGUCACUGCUCUCAACUGGAGCAGCUGUCGCUGUGCUGUCUCAAGGAAGAUCUGAACCCACUAGCUUCGUUUUUCCAGCUUCAGCAUCUGCGCACCCUCGUCUUGUCCACCGCCUUCAUCUUAAAGUCUCCAGAUCUCAGCUCUCUUUCGUCUCUCACAGCAGUCUCCAUGGAAACCCCCGACAUUCAUUACAACCAGCUCUCCACCCUUCUUCAACUCACCAACCUCACGCGCCUCUCCUUGCCUGACGAGAUCAACGUGAUUUCAGCAGAUCCGCCCACCUUCUCGCUCGCACAGCUUCCUCUCCACUCGCUCAAGUUCGGACCGUGUGAUGCGCACUUUAGCGUUUUUUUCCGUCCUGGAUCGCCGUACAGGUUCCUGAAACGCCUGCAGCUUAGCUAUUGCUUCAACCAGGAGCGGCUUCCAGACAAUAUCGGACAGGUGCUUCCGCGCCUCCAAGGGCUCAGCAUCAACAAGUGCGGAGCCUUGAGCGAUCUGACUGGCGAGAUCACGUCGCUCACCUGCCUGGAGAGCCUGACUGUAUGCCACUGCAGAGUGUACGAUCUGCCGGAAGACUUUGGCCAUCUUCCCGCCUUGAAAACCUUGGUGCUGAGCCGGCUGCUGCUCCGCACUCUCCCGGCCUCCUUCACCAGACUCGCAUCUCUUGAGACGUUUUUUCUGGAUUGGUGCGAAGACAUGGAGGAGCUUCCUGCAGGGUUUGGUCGCCCCACAGCCCUCCGGUCUCUGAGCCUUGCAGGGUCGUCCAUCUUGCAGCUUCCAGAAGACUUGGGCGGCCUGACCAACCUCCACACCUUCCAUUUUGAGAAGAACAGCCUAGGGCAGCUGCUGUCGUCAUUAGCGCAGCUGGCUUCGCUGACCAGGCUGGAGCUAAAAGGGUGCAAAAAUGAGCUUCCAGACGGCAUGGGGGAGAUGACAAACCUGCAGGAGCUCUACAUUCAUCACUGCUAUUCUCGUGAGCUUCCAGAGGGUAUGGGGGAGAUGACAAACCUGCAGGAGCUUUACAUUCAUUCCUGCUCUUAUCUUAAGAAGCUUACGGAAGCUGUGACGUCGCUUGGCAGCCUUCGAGUGCUGAGGAUCACAGAGUGUGAAAAUCUCGUAUCGGUUCCCAGGAGGUUGGAUGGGCUAACCAGCCUGACGCAGUUGGAGGAGAUGGGGUCCAUGCCAGAUGUUUCAAGCCUUACAGGGCUCAGGGAGCUGUGCUUGUACACGGUGGACGCAGCCUGUAUUGAGGCCAUCGUCGAGCAUCUCUCGAAUGUGCAGCAUCUGGAGCUGGAGCUCACAGCGGGUGCGGAGGAGUCUCUGUCCGCGCUGACCAGGCUUCCUCGCCUCCGCACCUUGACACUCCAAGGGGCGCGCAGUGUGAACACGCUGGUGGAGUGUGAGGGCUCGGGUUUGCAGGAGCUACGGGAGCUGACCAUCUCCAGCAUGAGGGGUGUUGGACUCACAGAGCUGCCUGCUACCAUCACCACUCUCCACCACCUCACAUCCAUUAAGAUCAACGCAGAACACUUGUCAUCUCUUCCGUACUUCUUUGGGGCAUUCUCAAGGCUGCGUGAGCUGGACCUAUCCCACUGGUCAUCCCUCGUGCAUCUCCCUGCGUCCCUCACACAGCUCUCCUGCCUGCAUGAGCUGAACGUCAGCCACACCAGCAUCCGGCUGCUUCCGCCUGGCUUUGCUCAGCUCAGCAGGCUGAGGAGGCUUGGUGUCCGUGGAUGCGAGCAGCUGAAGGCUCUGCCGAAUGACAUAUCUGAUCUAAGAAUGCUCGAGCGCAUUGAUACUACAGGGUGUGACAUGCUCCGGCGCUGA